GUUUUGAGGUUCCAGUUUGCUUCCACUCUUGCCCAUCACUCCUUCACAGCUCAAGCAUCUCAUGACCAUCACCAUGACCAUCAACGGUCUCAGUUCCUCAAGCAAGACACCCGAGCUCAUCAAGAAUGGAGAAAGUAAACACCAGCCGACUCAUCCCCUUGCGAAACUCGAUCAAGCGAUGCUGUUCAAGCAGAUCAAGCCUCUCACCGUUCCUAUCAUCGGGAUGCUUCCGAUCAAAAAUCCGACUCACUCGCUCCAACUUCUUCCAAUUCUCGCGUCGAUCAAGGCUAUUGUUCUCAACCAUUCUCAACCCGACCUGAUGACACCUCCAAUGAUUCAUUAUAUAUUCUUUCCAAUCGAACAACUUUACCAUCAAAUCAACCUCCAAUCCUUAUCAGAAUCUUGCCUCAAUCAAGUCUUGGAAUUGUCAUCUCUCCUAGUCAGAGCUGCCAAAUUACACGAGCCCAACGCGCUAUGGACUUCCAAGGAAACUCUAAUCAUCAACUCCAUCCUCCCAAUCCUCAUCCAGAACACUGGAUCUAAUGAAUCAAAUGCAGAAAAGAAAUCUCCUGCAUGGAAACCUGCUCGAUCUGACGAGAGUGCAAGCUUGGCACUGGACUUGAUGAUCGCAAUUCUCUAUCCUCAUUUUCCGAAUCAAUCAAGGCCAUCUUUGAACUUGGAUAAUCUAUACCAAAAUCCGCCCAACUUACCAUCUCUAUCAGCUUACCUCCUUCGAUUCCUAUUCCAACACCUUGUCGAUAUCUUAAAUACUCUCUACCAGAUUUACGCUAACCCUAAGCAAUCUCAACCCAGUGGGAACCGAGCAAGGAAUACCAUUCAGCUAAUCAGGCUUGGUUUACUUCGACUAUCAUCUUCCAACAUCUCAGGUGGUACUGGUGUCGAUAUCCUCAGUACCUUUCUACCUAGCAUCACCUCGAAACUCACUCAACUGGCCUGUCUUCUAGCCCAAAGGCGCCAAUCUUCUGAGUUACUCAGCUUAACGCUCCACACCCUUGAAUGGCUCUUGGUCGAAUGCUUGGAUGAUGAUUUACCUGAUGUUCAGGAACUCCUUGGUGAUUGUCAACUUCAGCUGGUUGAUUGCGAACCCGAUCUAGAUCAGCCUUCUCAGUCCGACAUCUAUAGUCAAGUCCUCGAAAUUGCAUCAGAUUGGAAACUUGGCCAGUCACAAGCCACUCGUACCCCUUCCCAGGCUGCUGCAAAGUCGUCUCCGCCAGCGUCUCGUCACAGUACCGACAGCCAAGAAAUACUCGUCAAACGUGAUCGGUCGUGGCUAAGAAUGACUUCAGCUAAAAUUUCGAUCGUCCUUCAACGACUGUCUCCGUGUUUAGAUACUCAUACUAGUCCAAUUGUCCGUGAAGCUUGGGUUCACCUUUGCUCUCGCUUGCUAGAACGUACAAGCGUCGUAUUGAGAUUAAGAUUGUGUUCUGCCGAGAACAGUGGAAGCCAUCCUGAUGACGGGGAAAAGGAAGGUUUUGCGGUAAUUCUCGAAGCCCUGAUUUCCGUCCAGUCCAACCGAAACCUUGACGCGUCUCACGAUAAGAUUUGUUCAUCACUGGCCAAUGUCACAAGGUCGUCUCCACUUGCAAGUUUCCAAGUCCUCGUUCACUUCAUCCGGACCAAUUUGCGCUCGCUUUCAAACCUCUUGGUCAAGCAAGUAUCCGGUCAAGAUGAUGAAAUAACUCAUUUGAGCUCACGAAUUACAUCUUCUCUUAACAUAAUCAUCGAACUCAUUGCUCAUCAAACUCGCCCCACUCGCUUUUAUCAAUCCUGUCACGAUUUUUUCGAUUUGGGCGAGUUUCAAGAUUUACUUACAUCCAUCUUGUGUCGCGUACAGCUUGUAAUGCCCAAAGUUCUCGAUUCACAGCCCGAUCGACUUUUGCCAUCAGGAGCCUGUUCUACCCCUGAUCGUUCUCGUGGUCAAUCGAAGCAUCAACUAGAUCCUGCCCCCCUGCCUAGCACGUUCCCCAACCUAUCUGUGAAGAACAUUUUCCAUUACAACUGUAUCACAGCCCUCGAGGAGUUAGUCCGUACAAUCUCUCGACUCGUAUUACACCUAUCCUGCUUGACGUCGGGGUCGUCGAUCAAAAUUUCAGAAAUUGUAUAUUUUGAUCAAUUGUUGCAAUUGGCAACCACCACGAAAGGCGCAAAGCCGUUAGACGUCCAGCAAAGCUGUUUACAACUAAACGCUCUGUGGACGUUCGGUGAAUCAAUCAGGGCUUCAAAAUCAAUGUCAGCUGAUGAUCGAUACCGCACUAGAUUCGGUAGGAUUGAAAUCUUCUGUCUACAAGGGUUGAAAAAAUUGCUCGACAUAUCUGAAAGCCAUCGAAUCGAAGGAGGCCAGACUUCAGAAGAAGCAGAUGGCUCUUCUUCAGAAAUGGUGGCUGUAAACCAAGCUCUAGACAAUCUCUCAGUGACGAAAUAUUUAAGGGGUAACGAUCAACUUUUGGAACUUGAACGUCUCAAACCAACUAGCCUAUCCCGAGAAUCAGAUGAAUUGAUCGAGAAUGACAACUUCCAGUCUUUGAGGACGUGUUUGAUCCUUCGACUAAUCGCUUCCUUGGGCUAUGUUUUCGAAGGAAACUUUCAGGCCAAUUUGUCCUGGGUCUUGUACUACGUUCUAGCCCAAUUGGGGUCUCUGAAUCCUUACGUUAACCAACAUGCGAUGACUACCGUCAGCGAGCUCGCAUUGUACUGUGGCUACGCAUCGGUAGCCAACAUGCUCGAAGACAACUCAGAUUAUCUUACUCAUAUGGUUUCACAUCAACUAUUGCCACAUCAGUACGACAUGCAGGCCCCUUUUGUGUUAGAGCAUCUCAUCAGACUCGUUGGGUUGCGCGCCAUGCUUCCGCUGGUAGAGCAGAUUCUCCUUCAUGACUUUUUCGAGCUUUUGGACGACUAUCAUGGCUACGACUUGAUGUGUGAACAGAUCAUAAGCGUCUUCCGUUGUGUGAUGAACCUGAUGAACAAAGAGACAGCGUUUGAACAAGCCCAGCAUAGACUUGAUGCCCCCACCACAGGGGAUAAUAACGGUACAGACGCGAAAAGCAAUUGUCAAUCUGAGAACCCAAUCGAUGAAGUCUUUGAGAUUGAGCAACAACUUGCGAGCGUUUGUUGGGCGCUUGCUGGGCCUCCUACCGAUAUUUCAACUGAUCUCGAACAAUUCAAAACCCUUCAAGCCGCGCGAGCGAAACGGCAGGAGUUCCAGAGAGCCCCUCCGACUAGCAGUUCACCAGAGAAAAAUCCACGGAAACCUUUCGGGGAGCUUGACGAGCACCCGUCUGGAGCUGAAUCCGUUGCCGAUGGGGAUGAGAAGGAGUCCCCACCACCACCGCUGACCGGCUACCAAAGAAUCGCAGCCGAGCUGAUGAGCAAAUCUGCGAAUUUCCUCACCCAUUCAUCGGCUAAUGUCCGUCUAGGUGUCAGUCUACUGAUCAAUGACGCAAUCCCCAUCCUAGGAUCGACCUCUCUCAACCCACACGAAUCAUCACUCUUGCCGGUCAUCCAACGGUUCUGGACGAUCAUCCUCAGUCGGUUGGAUGACGAUCGAACGGCGAUCGAAACUUUGAGCUUACUGAAGAGUCUGUGUCAACAUGUGGGCACAUUCAUGAGCAGACGAUUAGUCAACGAGAUCUGGCCUAGAAUGCGCCGAUUGAUCGAAUCAAAUGAGACUUCUGGACGGGUCCGUCAGGCGGCCAUCGAUACACUCGUCGCCAUCGUCUUCUCCGCCGAGCACAUCAAUUGGAAAGAAAACUUCGUUUGGGAAAUCAUCCAGUGUCUCUUCACAGUCCAAGCCCGAUCCAAGUCUAAAUCUAUCCAAGCUGUCGACCAGAUCCUCGAUCGUCUGUCUGCUAAAGGCUUUCGUGGCUCUGUCCUCGUCGCCCGUCGUGCCGCUCUUGGUCUCAUUGUUGGCAUGGAGUUCAUGGCUCCUGACUUGGAUUGAUUGAUCACUUCAUCAUUUUUAUGCUUCUUUUAGCUCGCUCGAAAAAGAAAAAUCCUUUGAUGAAGCAAGAAAAUGAUCUGUUGUGCUGUUCUCCGUCUGGGAAGAGGUUGCCCAAUUGAAAAGAGAACAAAAAAACGAUCGACAUUUUUCUUCUAUUCUGCCUUCUUUUUGUCAGUUUUAUCUUAUCAUUCUAUCGGUCCACCUACCUAUCUAUUUUGCUCGUUCUUUUUAAUUUUCUUCUCCUUGUCUUGACAUUGUUCUUUGUUUAUCUCUGACUCAGUUACCCUCUUUUGUAUCUCUAGAAGAAUUCACCUCCAACUUCAUUCUCUACACCACGUUGAUUCUCAUUUGUUAUGCCAACUUUUUCCCUUUGAAAUAUUUUCUGAUUGUUAUUAUUUUUUUAAUCAUUUCUACCCAACCACAAUACAACCAACCAGUAUGUAACUUAUUUAAGUGCAUCAGACCCAAGAUAUCUGGAAUCAUUGUUUCCUCCUCAUCCUUUCAUUGAGCCACCUUGAGACCAUUCCUGUAAGACUCUCCAUAUCUCACAG